CCUAGCUGUGUCAUUUUGGACGCGACCGCAGUCUCUAGGCAACAAAUGACACUGACGCUCUGUCGUAUCGAGUCUUAGACAGCUCACAAAAACACAGAAAAAGACCACAUCGGUUAUUUUAACCCGAGCUGAUGAAGAAGAGCUGGUCCAGGGUGAGCCUCCUGCAGCAGUCCUGCUGCCAAAACCGCGUUGCGACGAGCAGGUGUUUAUGCAGAUAUAUGAAUAUACCGUAUGAAAGAGGACGCUACGACAUCGAGAGCUUCACAGCAAGAGACAGCGAUGCUUUUAUUAAGAUCCAGCCUCAGGCCUCUCCCCCGAGCCCCCACGCUGCUCUUGCCCCUCUGCGGGAUGAUGUUCCUCUCACUGAGCCGCAUUCUGGCCGCCUGAGCGCCGGCGCACGCGCUGACCUGGGACUCGGCCACGGGGACAUGUUCACACACAGAGUGUGUACUGCUCCGUCUGAUCUGAGGGCAGAGACACAACAGACUCACACGCCAUCAUUCAGACCUUCACCGGGGUUGUGUGAGAAAUCCGCGAACAGAUGCUGGAGCUCCAGAGUCAAGAUUACUGCACCAGCUAAGACUAAAAACUACAGCAGCAGGGAGAGACCUGAUCCAGGUUCCACUAGUCCACUGGGAUGUGAAGAUCUGAAGAGGGAUGCAUAUACCUCUGUUUCCCCUAAAUCACUGGACAAGGCUUUGCAGAACAUCUACACACCAGAAGCUCAAAGAAGUUGCACGGAUAAACAGUGGGACACUAAGUUAACCCCUCCUCUGAAGCCACCACUUGAGAAAAUGGCAGAUCCUGUAAGUCAGUGCUUCACUUUGAAGAGAUAUAAUAGCAGACCUGAACUAUGGCAGACUAUUGGACCUCAUUGGAAUAGGCAUCAAAUCCGUGCCUCAUAUAAUGUGAAGAAGCCCUUCAGUUUCACCAGCCCAUGUCCCAAAUCAGGACAAAUUCCUUUAUAUAGUGGUGUGAUAGGCUCUGAGAACAUGGACAACAUUGACAUCCCAGAGAAAGACUUCAUCCCACUGACAGUGCUGCGUACCGUCUUACCUCCUGACACUCCCACAGCCCACCGUCCCACUAUUCCUGGUUACACUGGGAAAGCUCUACAUGUUAGACCACACACCGCAGCCACCAGCCAGCCUUCUUCUAUACUCACUCAUCAGGCUACAAGGAGCACUUCAACGCCAUCAUCCCAUGGUCGGCAGGCCCCUCUGUCCAGAAUGAUCAUCACUGUCCCACCGAGCAAUCCUUUCCUUCAACCUAAAACUCCUACACCUCCCAUUUAUUCAUAGUCUCAUUGCACAAAAGUA